AUGUUCGAGCACGGUCUUUUAACGCUGCACUACGGUAAGCACCGGGCUUGCAUACAACAAGAACUAGCCGCGGCCAGACGAGGCGCACACCCGACCGACUUGAGCGUCAUCUGUGACUCGGGUCUAGACCUUGGAAAUAUCAGCGGCGAGGGACAUCCAGAUAUCACGCAGAGAGGGCGAGCGAACAAGACGAGAGUUGUUCUGCAAGCGCACAGACUGGUUCUUGCUGCUGCUAGUCCACUUAUUAGAAAAUUAUUACACGAAUUACCUCUACUAGAACAAACAAUAACCGUACAUUUACCGGGCAUUCGAGCGCAAUCGUUUAAGCAUUUACUGGACUUCUUGUACAGUGGCCAGGCUUGUGUUCAGUCCACUGAGUUGGAUCAAAUGCAAGAGUUGUUUGAUCUGCUACAAAUACGAUCGGAUAUAUUUGCUAAACGUCAUCAACAGCAACAACGGCUCAUUACCUCGGAUAGUGAUUGUUCGUCGGAAGAACCUGGAACAUCUGGUGUUAAAUCUGAUAUUGUUAAAAGCAAGCACGAAGACCAAAAGCUAGAUGAAGAUGAGGAUGCGGCAUGUGGAGAUACGUCAUCUUUACUCGCAACGAGAGGUGAAGACAACGACAGGGAACGAAGGAGUUCAUCGGAUCCUGUUGAUUUAUGCGUUACCACGAGAACUUCAGAUGAUACCAAACCGACCUUCCUUCGUGACGACAUAGCCCAUGAUACCAAAACUCUCCGACAAAUUGAGGAAUCACAAGAAAGCAAAUCACACUCUAUUCGACAUAUAGAGGAAUCUCAAGAUACUAUGGAAAGUAAAUCCGGAUUAAUGAAUUAUGCCAGUCACACAUUCAAAUUGUACAGAGCGGGAUAUACGGAAGAUGUACAUAUGGAUACUAAAACUCAAACACUGACGCAUGCCGAGGAUUCACAGGAUACUAUUGAUAACAAAUCUGGUGUCAAAAGUUGCGCAAGUCACACGGAAGAUUCACAAGACAUCGAUAUCGAGACUGUUCUGACACCAUCUGCAGAAGAUUUGGAUUCGACGAGUCAUAAACGUAAACAACGAACCUGCGAGGAAUACAAAGAUUUUAAGUCGAGCGAACUUCUGACAUACCCCAGCCCAGAAAACUAUGUCGUGACACCGCAUCGUAAACGAAGACCUGGAUUUCAUAAUUCACCAGCUCAGAAUCCACCGUUUGUGCCUUUUUCACCAAGUUAUAUAGAAGACUACAGAAAGACCCUGUUGCCCGUAGGACCCCCUUACAACAACCCACUAUGGCCCGUUGAAAAUACAUCUUCAGGAAGCAGUAAUAUCGGUGCCAGUAGCACAAGUUCGGCGGUCGGCGUCGGCGUGGGCGCUGAGCCCGCCGGCUCCGCUCCGUCCACGGGUCGGCCGCACCAACCUCCCGUUCGAGAAUACCGAUGCGAGUACUGUGGGAAACAAUUUGGCAUGUCGUGGAACUUGAAGACCCAUCUGCGAGUGCAUACAGGAGAAAAACCUUUUGCGUGUCGAUUGUGCGUCGCGAUGUUUAAACAAAAAGCUCAUUUAUUGAAACAUUUGUGUUCAGUGCAUAGGAACGUAAUUAGUUCGCCUGAAAAUGGUGGUAGGUUCAAUUGUUGUUUUUGUUCAUUGUGGUUUGAAACAUUACCUGAACUCGUACGACAUUUGUCUGGUCCACAUAAUAGUUUACUUCUCAGUAAAAAUUUACAUGAAUGA